AACCCUUGACCAGCUUAAUCUUUGCUUGCAAAUGACAAUGCAGUGAAAGCAGAGAAAAGAAGAAGAGGAAGAAAAGACUACUUCCUUUCCUGUUGGAUACCUAAUAAGUAGUUAGUCUGACCCAGUUUUCAAUAAGAAUUAUUUUCUGAUGACCCGACAGGAGUGACUGUAUCUAGUCAAAGAACGGGGGGGGGUGAAUUUAAUCUUUCUUGCCACUGGAAUGGCAGCUGCUCCCAGCUGCCUGAGUCUGUGAAGAAUGAGGAAGACAUAACUGGCUUACAGUGUGGAGAGAAUUUUCCCUUUGAAUAUUCUGAACGGGAGCCUUGCACAUGUGCCUCAAGAACUAAUUGUCUAGGUUCCGUCAGGAAUGCAGCAGGAGAGGAGCGUAUUUCAUGCUUAAGACCAGAGAGGAGCCACGCAAUACUCAGUGGAUAAAAGGCUUGCAGUCCCAGCUGGGAAAAAGAGUCCCAUUAUCUCCCAGCUGCAUAGACAUUCCAUACGGCUUGGUUCUGCCUGGAUGCACAGCAUGCCUGGGUGAAGGCUCCAGACAGAGUUCUGCAGAAAAAUUGUAAAGAUCCCGAGACAUUUCCCUGAUAGAUUGCUAGCAUACUGACUAGAAGAUACAAUCUUCUUUCCUGCUGAUUGCAUGGGAGAAAUUUUUGACCUUAGAACGUGGAGAUGAGGUUGCUAUGGAAACUGGUAAUUCUGCUGCCACUCAUAAACUCUUCUGCAGGUGAGGGUCGUUUUAGCCGUCCUAUUUUCAUCCAGGAGCCACAAGAUGUCAUUUUUCCUUUGGAUUUAUCCAGAUCUGAAAUCAUUCUGACUUGUACUGCAAAUGGUUACCCUUCACCCCGUUACAGGUGGAAACAAAAUGGCACAGAUAUUGAUUUCAGAAUGAGUUAUCACUACAGGUUGGAUGGAGGCAAUUUGGCUAUCAGCAGCCCCCGCACAGAUCAAGAUAUUGGCACAUACCAGUGUUUGGCCACCAACCCUGUGGGUACCAUUCUUAGUAGGAAAGCAAAACUACGGUUUGCAUAUAUUGAAGACUUUGAAACCAAAACCAGAAGCACAGUGUCUGUCCGAGAAGGUCAAGGUGUGGUACUCCUCUGUGGCCCACCACCACACUUUGGAGAUUUAUCAUAUGCCUGGACCUUCAAUGAUAACCCCCUGUAUGUUCAAGAGGACAAGAGACGAUUUGUUUCUCAAGACACAGGGAACUUGUACAUUGCCAAAGUAGAACCCACUGAUGUGGGCAAUUAUACUUGCUUUGUCACAAACAAAGAGGCCCACAGAAGUGUCCAAGGACCACCUACUCCUUUAGUACAGCGCACUGAUGGUGUCAUGGGGGAAUAUGAACCAAAGAUUGAAGUGCGUUUUCCUGAAACAAUACAAGCUGCAAAGGAUUCAUCUGUAAAACUGGAAUGCUUUGCCCUUGGAAAUCCAGUCCCUGAUAUUAGUUGGAGGAGGUUGGAUGGAAACCCGAUGCCAGGGAAAGUCAAGUACAGCAAAUCCCAAGCUAUCCUUGAAAUCCCCAAGUUUCAACAAGAGGAUGAAGGCUUCUAUGAGUGCAUCGCAGGUAACAUUCGAGGAAGAAACCUUGCAAAGGGUCAACUUGUUUUUUAUGCUCCUCCAGAAUGGGAACGGAAAAUCCAAAAUACAUACCUUUCUAUUUAUGACAGCUUGUUUUGGGAAUGCAAAGCUAGUGGAAAGCCAAAACCUUGGUACACAUGGCUAAAGAACGGUGAACGCCUCCACCCAGAGGAGAGAAUACAGGUUGAAAACGGCACUCUUAUCAUCACCAUGCUGAAUGUGUCAGACUCCGGGAUCUACCAAUGUGCUGCAGAAAACAAAUAUCAGACAAUUUAUGCAAAUGCAGAACUGAGAGUGUUAGCCUCAGCUCCAGAUUUCUCAAAAACUCCCAUUAAAAAAACUUCAGUUGUUCAAGUUGGUGGUGAUAUUUCUAUUGAAUGCAAACCAAAUGCCUUCCCCAAAGCAUCUAUUUCUUGGAAAAGAGGAACAGAGAGCCUAAGGGAAAGUAAAAGAGUAUUUCUCUUGGAGGAUGGUAGCCUUAAGAUAAGCAAUGUGACCAUGUCAGAUGCUGGAUCUUAUACCUGUUUAGCCUCAAAUCAGUUUGGCAAUGGGAAAAGUAGUGGCAGUCUCAUCGUGAAAGAGAGAACUGUCAUUACAAUACCACCUUCUAAAAUGGAUGUUACAGUUGGUGAGAGUAUUGUUUUACCCUGCCAAGUGUCUCAUGACCCCACCAUGGAAGUAAUAUUUGUUUGGUACUUUAAUGGAGAUAUAAUAGACUUAAAGAAAGAAAUGGCUCAUUUUGAAAGAAUUGGGGGAGAAUCUGUUGGGGAUUUGAUGAUAAGGAAUAUUCAAUUAGGCCAUUCAGGAAAAUAUCUCUGCACAGUACAAACAACACUAGAACGCUUGUCUGCUGUGGCUGAUAUCAUUGUGAGAGGUCCCCCUGGUCCUCCAGAGGAAGUAAAAGUGGAACACAUCUCAAGUACUACCUCUCAGCUGAGCUGGAGACCUGGUCCUGAUAACAACAGCCCAAUUCAAAUAUUUACUAUUCAAACUCGGACACCCUUUUCUGUGGGCUGGCAAGCUGUUACUACAAUACCUGAAAUUCUCAGUGGCCAGACAUAUAAUGCAACAGUAGUUGGUUUGAGUCCUUGGGUGGAAUAUGAAUUCCGUGUUGUUGCUGGGAACAACAUUGGGAUUGGAGAGCCAAGCAAACCAUCAGAAUUGCUGAGAACCAAAGCAACAGUCCCCAUAGUGGCACCAGUAAAUAUCAAUGGAGGCGGUGGAAGCAGGUCGGAACUCGUCAUUACGUGGGAGAUGUUGGUGAUCACUACGAUAUAAAAAGAACCAUUGCACCGUUGGAGGACAUCUUAACCUGCUGGAAAUUGAUUGUCAUUUUGCAAAGACAUUACAAUUGUCUAGGACUAUUGAUUAUUUUUCUCCCUUUAUAGCUUGUUCCAUACACCAUCAUACUAUGGGAACAAGUUCUCAAUGAGGAAUGUUCCAGAUCAUUUCUAAUUUCAUUCUAUCUAUUCCUUUGUCUGAAGCAUAUAGUGUCUGGUCAUCCAAAUUCUUAUUUUAAAACCAGCCUCCAAGGUAGAUGGGACUAGGCCAAUAUUUGUGAUUAGAUUUGGUUUAUAUUAAAUGUGGUUGAGAGUUAUUAGUCCUUAUCAAUUUUAAUUGAUUUUUACAUUCAACAGAAUAUCUGAUUUUUUUUUUAGCAUUUUCUUUUGGGGAUGGAGAAAAUUCUCUUUCUUGUUACCUUAACAUUCUAUGUAGAUUUCUUCUUCAACACAUGGCUCUUAGUCCAUUUGAGAAAAUGAAUGGAGAAGCUAAAUAACCCACUAUUUCCUCAUGUUAAAAUGAACUUAUUGGGCUCAGUCCUUUCUUGAAUGAACAGAGUGAUAGAAAGAGGUUGUCGUUUAAUAAAACUCCAUUGUAGUCUUUACAGAACUAAACAUUGCAAUCACAUCUGAAAAUGAAGAAGCUUCAAAAUAAAUCUAAAGCAUGUUGCUGAAGUCUAAAAAACAUCUUGCGAAUUUUGCCUGAUUAAGUAAUUAAUUCUAGUCUUCCUACACACAAAAGAAAUAGUCCUACUAUUGCCCCAGGUCAAAAAUUGUGGUUUCUCUCAUCUUUCUAUGUUUGCUAUAGUGUCUUAUAUGUCAUAAAUAGAGACUAGCUUGGGUCAACUCAGUUAAUGGACACUUAUUUUAAAGCUACGUAAAAAGUUAAAAGGCAGUCAAUGGAGUAAGUGGACCAUUGUCCAACACUGUAGACCACAGGCAUUCUUAUUCAGGGUCAGGUGUUGUUGUAGUCAAGUCCAAGUCCUCCCAGUUUCUUGUGCAUGCAUGCAGCUCUUUCCAUUUCUCUUUGAAACCUAUGGUAGCAAAAUUCUAUUUUUCCUCUACUUACUUUAGAGCUUUUAAAGCUAGUCAUUGCAUUCAUUUCUUUUCUGCAUAGGAAGUUCAAAAGAGAGCGUUCAGGUGUCUAUUUUCUCCUUCCACCAUAUGAAUCCAGACAUAGAUCGCUGGUCAACAAAAUGAGCACCUGCAGAGCAAUCUCUCUUUCCUGAGAGGAAAAAAACCCACAACCACCCCACAACAACAACAACAACAAACUUAGUCUCUACUCCCCAGGUUUCGUAAGAGGAACCAGUUGGGUUUAUUAUUUGCUAUAGAGCACAAAGGGUCGACAGCAGAACUCAUCACAGAUACUAGGGUACAUGGUACAUGAUGCCUUUGGCUCUAGAGUGUGUAACUGGAGGAUUCUGUGUAAACAGCAAGAUAAAGGAAUUUAGUAAGUGCAUAUGUGACUAUAAAAAACACUGGUGUUGUGCUAUGCCAGUUACACAUUGCAAAAAAUAAAUAACAAAAUAAUGCAAGAGUAUUUUUGCUAUAAAAAGGCAAUACAUUCCAUGGAUUCAUAAAUAAAAUAUAGCUAUAAUCAGGUGCAAAUUUUGUACAGAUUGAAGCAUAAACUCAUUUUUUCUGGGUUCAUAUAAUUAUAAUUUUUACAUUAAAAAUUCUGAAAGAACACAUAUCUACUUUUGUUCAUUGAGAAGACAUUGACCGUGUUGUGUGGAAUUUGAGUUUUGGAAAUUCACAAUAUGUAUAUAUACUUUUUGUGAGGAAAAAUGCACUCUGAUGCUAUUUGUGAAGCACAUGUUUUAAAAUACUGACAGCUUCUUUAUGCUUUUGAAUAAAAUACUUUAUUUCUUAAGGUAUAUGAUACUAAAAAGUGAGUAUGUCACACUCAUCUUAGAACUUCUUAAAAUAUUGAAAACAAAAUAUAUUUAGCAUGAGAUAAAUAGCUAAUAAGUUAAUUUGGUGGCAAGCUUAAAAAUUCAUGUAAGAUUAUAUUGUAGUUUGUAUAAUUAAAUCUCUCACUCUUCUAGUGUAUUUCAUCAUGGCAAUUUAUGAAAGAUGAAUAAAGUAGAUAUACACACUUUAUAUUUCGUUUUGAAAACUAGAGCUAUUUAUGAGUACUUUGUAUUAGAAUCAUUUUCCUAAUAAAGGAGAUAAAAGCAAGUAAUACCUACUUUAUAUUUCUUUUUGAAAACUAGAGCUAUCUAAAUGGUAUUCUAAAUAAAUGUAUCUUUAAUUCUUCAAUAAAUAUUAUAAUUAUCCAAAA